CGGCGUACAGUCCUCAUCAGUAGCUACCAGCAGAGCCCCGGAGCUUCCAACAAACCGGCCCUCAUUCCGCCUCAAAGCGAGCAGCACCAUCCAGCCUCUCCGCCCCGCCAUGAAACAGACUCUGAGCGAACUAAUGAGGAUGAGCAGAAUAUGCCGGAUGGUGUUUGCCACUUGUUUGGGAUCCUUUAUUUUGGUCAUCUUUUAUUUCCAAAGUAUGUUCCAACCAGGCAUGCGGAGGAACCCCUUCAUGGUGGACAGCUGUUGUAGGAAAGGGUCCCGCAACGCCCUGCAGGAGCUCUACAACCCCACACAGCCGGAGUUGUCAGGAACGGCCAUCUUCCAGCAGGCCAGGAGGGAUCAGGUAGUGGAUUCCUGUCGAGUCUAUACUGAAUCCAGCCGUAAGCGGCGGGUCCUGACACCUGGAGACCUCAAACACCUUGUUGUGGACGAGGACCAUGAACUUAUCUACUGCUAUGUCCCCAAGGUGGCCUGUACCAACUGGAAACGUGUCAUGAUGGUGCUCACGGGUCGGGGCAAAUACAGUGACCCAAUGGAGAUCCCUUCCAAUGAAGCCCAUGUUCCAGCCAACCUGAAGACACUGAACCAGUACAGCAUUGCUGAGAUCAACCACCGCCUCAAGAACUACCUCAAGUUCCUCUUUGUUCGUGAGCCUUUCGAGAGGCUGGUCUCUGCAUACCGUAACAAGUUCACCCUCAAGUACAACUCAUCCUUCCACAAGCGCUUUGGCACCCGUAUAGUCCGGCGCUACCGCAAGAAUGCCACACAGGAUGCCCUGCUCAAUGGUGCUGAUGUCAAAUUCAAGGAAUUUGCUGAGUACCUGGUGGACCCAGCUACACAGCGCGAUGGCCCACUCAAUGAGCACUGGCAGACUGUCUACCAGCUUUGCCACCCAUGUCACAUCCGCUACGACCUGGUGGGCAAGUAUGAGACACUGGAGGAGGAUGCGAACUAUGUGUUGCGGCUGGUGGGUGUUGGCGACUCCCUGCGCUUCCCAAGUUACGCCAAGUCCACUCGUACCACAGAUGCCAUGACGGCCCAGUUCUUCACCAAUAUCAGCACUCAACAGCAGAUCCAGCUCUACCAGCUUUACAAGUUGGACUUCCUCAUGUUCAACUACUCCACACCCAGCUACCUCCGGCUGGACUAACGGAGAACAGAGCUGGGACUCUGAGAAUGGCUGCCUUGUUUAAGGAGAGGCAAAAAAAUUAGUGAAAGGCAGAAUUUUUUGGAAGCAAAAUUGAUUUAAAAAACUGUCAUCAUAUCUUUCAGGUAUGGGGUCUGAAGUAAACAUAUAAACAGAUGUUGAAAGAAAGAAACAUAAUGCAUGCCGUCUGGGCAUAAGUGGGGGGAUGUCCAAUCAACUCUGGGUGAUACAGAGAGCACUGAUUGGAAGAGAACGAGGGCUAAAUGGACCAAAUGAAAGCAAAGACUAAAAUUAGUGGGUGAAGCAGGUCUUCAAGAUGUUUUAAAAGGGUAACUUAUCCUCAGAGGAUGGACUUGAAGAGGGACUCUCUUGAUGAUGUUCCCUACAUGUUUAAACAAACUGCUGACAAAUUAGGCUGCUUCAGAUUCUGCAAAGUAAACAGCGGCCUUGCACGCAUCUUGACCCCAAUGCAUCAUGGGAGCCAAGCUUAUCUCCCCUUCUUCCUGAUCAAUAGAGAAACUCCGUCAAAUUGUAAAAGACUAUUCAUGUCCUUUGCUGCGCUGCCAGCCUGGUGUGUUAGCACCCAUCACCCUUGCCCUCAUUAGAUUAAUACAUUUUAUAUAUGAGGGAAACUUGCUCAUCCCCACCUUAAACACAUCCUGUAAUAGAUGGCUACUGACUUCUCUCUCAAGACCUCUACAACUAUAACUAUGGUGGCACGGCCUUCGGCCAACAGUUUCGAGCAAAAAAGUUCUGUGCCUGGUCUCUAUCAUUAUGAUGUUGGCAGAAGGGACCUCUCGUGUUACAGAUGCCUGCUGUAGUGGUGAAGUAUGGAAGUUCUUAAUAUAUCAUUGCCUGUAACAAUCCUUGACACUUUGAGCUACAGGAUGCAGUUAGAAAAUUACAGAAUGCACUCACAUGAUUGGGAGGCACCAGCUGUGAGCGCCAAGUCUGCUGCUGAGUUAAAAGAGAAGACAUAGCCUGCAUGGUUUGAAAGGGUUAAAGGCGCUGGCUCUAAUAACCCCGCCCUGCUGUGUCCUGACCAGGGCUAUCACAUUCAGGGCAACAACCACAAAGCCCCUAUUCCGAUCCCAAACAUGUUUUUCAGUAAAUUAAGAUUAUCUUUUUGUCUACAUGCUUAGUUUUGUUUUUGCUGAAGCAUUGCUGCAAGCAGCAAUCAAAAAAGAUUAUUUAAUUUGCUUUGUUCAUUGAACUAAGAGAAAGAUUUAAUAUGUUGUUUUCCUUGGCUGAUAAAAACUUUAAAAGAUUUUUAAAAUUGAACUGUUGUUCAGAGUUUUGUCACGUUGGUUUCUUUAUUCACACCUUGCCUCUGACUCCACUACAUUAUAAGUGGAUCACAGCACUUUCAUUUUUGAAGGGUGUAUGGUAGAUUUCAGCCCAUGGCUUUGUCCUUCUGUGUCUGAGAUCAUCAGAGAUUUGUGGGCGAUUUUUUAUUUCCUGUUGUCAAAUAUUUGGUGCCAAAAUGGCUGUGAGAACCUCAGAUUUCCACACUCAGUGUUCCUAUGCACAUUAUUGCAAGCAAAUUCAUGGGAUGAUUACCCCAUCCCAAACCAGAACAUGAGAACUAACUGCUGCUCUCAGUGUACAUAUCAAUAAUCUACUGCCCAGAUCACAGAAUCAGAGACUGUAUCUCAUAAUGUAAUGUGAUUAUAGUUAGUGAUGCUAAGCUCUGUCAAGGUUAAUAGCUGCACUCUCCAUCAUGCUGUGAAUUUGAUUACAGGCUGUUGUUUAAGAAAAUAUAAAUUAUACAGGAGGAACAAUAAUUAUUAUAAUUAUUAUAAAUAUACAGGAGGAAGAGAGAGAGUACGGAGGGCGAGAAAGAACAUCUUACCUGUGUCUCUCAUAGCGAAGACAGAGAGAGAGCUGUUUUGUUCUUGCACCUCUAUUUAAACCACUCCAGCUUCAAAGUAAAGCAAUAUUUUUGGAAAAGCGUUUCUUUGUUAAACUUGACGGAACCAAAAAUAAUAUUUUUGUUAUGUGUUUGAACAUACUGUACCUCUCUCUCUGUCCGUUACACUAGUU